AUGGGAACUUACUUUUCCUUCUUGUUCAUGCUCACAUUCUUGUUGGUGGGCAAUGUCCAAUGCAACCCAAACUACAAAGAAGCUUUGGCUAAAUCCUUAUUAUUUUUUCAAGGCCAGAGAUCAGGAAGGCUUCCUCGGGACCAACAAAUCACAUGGAGAUCCAAUUCAGGUCUUUCUGAUGGUAGCUCAGCCAAUGUGGAUUUAAGUGGAGGAUACUAUGAUGCAGGAGACAAUGUGAAAUUCAAUUUUCCAAUGGCAUACACCACAACAAUGUUAUCAUGGAGCACAAUUGAAUAUGGCAAGAGAAUGGGACCCCAAAUCAAAGAAGCAAGAGCUGCAAUUCGUUGGGCCACAGAUUACCUCCUAAAGUGUGCUACAUCCACUCCUGGUAAGCUUUAUGUUGGAGUUGGAGACCCAAAUGUGGACCACAAAUGUUGGCAAAGGCCAGAGGACAUGGACACUGGCAGAACUGUGUAUUCGGUAUCUCCAAAUAACCCUGGUUCAGAUGUUGCUGCUGAAACUGCUGCUGCUCUUGCUUCUGCAUCUAUUGUUUUUAGACAUGUUGACCCAACAUACUCUAGUUUGUUGGUGAAGACUGCCCGAGAAGUUUAUGAAUUUGCUUUGCAGUAUCAAGGUUCUUACAGUGAUUCAUUAGGAUCUGCAGUUUGCCCAUUUUACUGCUCAUAUUCUGGUUUUAAGGAUGAGCUAUUGUGGGGAGCUGCAUGGCUUUUCAGAGCAACAAAUGCUGUUUCCUACUAUAAUUUGGUCAAGUCCAUGGGAUCUAAUGAUCAACCAGAUGUCUUCAGCUGGGACAACAAAUUUGCUGGUGCAUAUGUUCUUCUCUCAAGGAGAGCAUUGCUAAACAGUGACAACAACUUUGAUCAAUUCAAGCAAGAAGCUGAGAAUUUCAUUUGCAAGAUAGUGCCCAACUCUGGCUCUUCAAGUACACAAUAUACACCAGGGGGGCUCAUGUUCAAGCUUCCUGACAACAACCUUCAGUAUGUGACAUCUAUAACAUUCUUACUUACAACCUAUUCCAAGUAUAUGUCAGCUACAAAGCAGACAUUUAACUGUGGCAAUGUCCUUGUCACUCCAAAUACCUUAAGGAGCAUUGCAAAAAGACAGGUAGACUACAUAUUAGGAGAAAACCCAUUAAGACUGUCCUACAUGGUAGGUUAUGGUCCCAACUUUCCCAAGAAAAUUCACCACAGAGGAUCUUCCUUGCCUUCAAUAGCAACUUAUCCACAAACCAUAGGCUGUGACGAAGGUUUCCAACCAUUUUAUUAUUCAAUGAAUCCUAAUCCCAACAUAUUGGUUGGAGCCAUAGUUGGAGGUCCAAACCAAAAUGAUGGAUUCACAGAUGAUCGCAAUGAUUACAGUCAUUCCGAACCUGCAACUUACACCAACGGUGCUAUUGUUGGUCCUUUAGCAUACUUUGCUGGUAUCCGUUAA